CCCGCGGCGCCCUGGGCCAGCAGCCCUCCCUCGCCUCCCCGCGCUGUGGCCACUGUCCGUCCUGCACCCGGUCCCCGUGCGCUUCGAGCUUCCCGGCGCCAGCCUUCCACCUGAGCCCACCCCGCGGCGACGCCCUCCAGGAGCCCGCGCCCGCCUCCGCCCCCUCAGUCACCUCUUUCUUGCGACCUCUGCACAGUUCUAGGCUGCUGGGGUCGGGGAGGAGGAGAUGCUCAGGGUCUCUGGGGAGCGCAGUCCUGCUCCACUCAGCCACACCCAGCUUUAGACGGCUCUCUGAGCGGCCACUCUUCCGGACUCCAGUGAAGACGCCUUCCAGCCUGUCUUUGCUGAGACCCCCUACCCAAGGUGGUCUCUGUAGGGACUAAGGUCCCUGUUGUCGCAUCACUCAUGGCCAAUCCUCUGCCAUUAGUUCUUUGCUUUGCUCUAGUGGUGACACGGGUCUGGGGAUCCAGUACUCCUCCCACAGGGACAAGCGAGCCCCCUGAGGUGCAAACAGUGGCGCCCACGGAGGAUGACACUCUGCAAAACGAGGCGGACAACCAGGAGAACGUUUUAUCUCAGUUGCUGGGGGACUACGACAAAGUGAAGGCUGUGUCGGAGGGCUCCGACUGCCAGUGCAAGUGUGUGGUGAGACCGCUGGGCCGAGAAGCCUGCCAGAGGAUCAACGCGGGCGCUUCCAGAAAGGAGGACUUCUACACGGUGGAGACCAUCACCUCGGGCUCCUCCUGUAAAUGUGCUUGUGUGGCGCCUCCAUCGGCAGUCAAUCCUUGUGAGGGAGACUUCAGGCUCCAGAAGCUGCGGGAGGCUGACAGCCGGGAUUUGAAGCUUUCCACAAUUAUAGACAUGCUGGAAGGUGCUUUCUAUGGCCUGGAUCUUCUAAAGCUACAUUCAGUCACCACUAAACUGGUGGGGCGCGUGGAUAAACUGGAGGAGGAAGUUUCUAAAAACCUCACCAAGGAAAACGAGCAAAUCAAAGAGGAUGUGGAAGAAAUUCGAACUGAGAUGAAUAAGCGAAGCAAAGAGAACUGCUCUGAUAACAUCCUAGACAGCAUGCCGGACAUCCGCUCAGCCCUGCAGAGGGAUGCAGCAGCAGCCUACGCCCACCCAGAGGAACAGUAUGAAGAGCGGUUUCUGCAGGAGGAAACCGUGUCACAGCAGAUCAACUCCAUCGAACUCCUGAGGACGCAGCCGCUAGCCCCGCCUGCAGUCAUGAAGCCACAGCAGCCGCUGCAGAGGCAGGUGUACCUGCGAGGCCGGCCGGCUUCCAAGCCCACCGUCAUCCGGGGAAUCACCUACUAUAAAGCCAAGGUCUCUGAGGAGGAAAACGACAUUGAAGAGCGCCAUGAUGAACUUUUCAGUGGGGAUAACGGCGUGGACUUGCUGAUUGAAGAUCAGCUCCUGAGACAUGAAGACCUAUUGACAAGUGCCACGCGGAGGCCAGCAACCACUCGACACGCCGCUGCCGUAACAACUGACGCGAGCGUCCAGGCCUCUGCCUCAGCACCCAGCCUUGUUGACCCUGCCGCCAAGGCCUCAGCGGGACGGCUCUCAGCAACCACACAAAGUGCCACGGUGUUUCCGGAGCCUACGGAGAAGAUGCCUUCUACUCAAGUCCCACCCACCACUGUGGCCCACACGGCCAUCCAGCCACCUCCAGUAAUGGUUCCUGAGGACGCAUUUGUGGAAGUUCCACACUUGGUCCCAGGGUUGCCUGACACCAUUGGGACAGACAUGCCAGAGGAGGAGGAGACUACAGGGCAGGAAGCAACCUCUGCUGGCCCCAUCCUGAGCCCUGAAGAGGAAGAUGACAUCCGGAAUGUCAUAGGAAGGUGCAAGGACACCCUCUCCACAAUCACGGGGCCCACCACCCAGAACACAUACGGACGGAAUGAAGGGGCCUGGAUGAAGGACCCCCUCGCCAAGGAUGACCGGAUUUAUGUAACCAACUACUACUACGGCAACACGCUGGUGGAGUUCCGAAAUCUGGAGAACUUCAAGCAAGGUCGCUGGAGCAAUUCCUACAAGCUUCCAUACAGCUGGAUCGGCACGGGUCACGUGGUAUACAACGGCGCCUUCUACUACAACCGGGCCUUCACCCGAAACAUCAUCAAGUAUGACCUGAAGCAGCGCUACGUAGCUGCCUGGGCCAUGCUCCAUGACGUGGCUUAUGAGGAGGCCACCCCCUGGCGGUGGCAGGGCCACUCGGAUGUGGACUUUGCUGUGGAUGAGAAUGGCCUGUGGCUCAUCUACCCGGCUCUGGACGAUGAGGGCUUCAGUCAGGAGGUCAUUGUCCUGAGCAAGCUCAAUGCCGUGGACCUAAGCACACAGAAGGAGACCACGUGGCGCACUGGACUCAGGAGGAAUUUCUACGGCAACUGCUUCGUCAUCUGCGGGGUGCUAUAUGCCGUGGACAGCUACAACCAGCGGAACGCCAACAUCUCCUACGCCUUCGACACCCACACCAACACGCAGAUCGUCCCCAGGCUGCUGUUCGAGAAUGAGUAUUCCUACACCACCCAGAUAGACUACAACCCGAAGGACCGCCUCCUCUAUGCCUGGGACAACGGCCACCAGGUCACCUACCACGUCAUCUUCGCCUACUGACAUGCUUGACCCCUGCAAAGGGAAGUGCAGAGGGGGCCGCUAGCACCUUGUGUGUGUUUGUGUGCAUGUCUGUGUGAGAGAGUGUGCAGGUGGGUGUGUGUGGUCUUAAAAUAUAUAUUAUUUUGUAUAAUAUUACAAAUGUAAAAUGACAGUUUGGGUCUUAUUUUUUUUUAAUAUGGAUUGUAGAUCAAUCCAUACAUGUAUGUGCUGGUCUCAUCCUCCACAAUUUAUAUUUUUGUGCAAACGAACUUCUCCUUUGGACCAGUAACCUACCUUCCUUUCACGCUGUACCCUCCAGCUCCUGAGCGCAAGGUGGAAGCGUUUCUUCCUCUGGGUCUCGCGGCCAGACUGCGCCAGGAGCAGGGGUAAAGGGCUCAAGAAGGAAGUGCUAAGUGGCGGGAAAUUUUUUUAUGUUAUUAGAGAAGUUCUUAAAACUCAGAAAAAAAAUGCCUUUUUUUUUUUUUUUUUUUAAAUAAAGGAGAAGUUUUAAAAUCCUUUCCCAGGUCAUUUUUGUUUAGUAGGGAUGCAUUUAACUGGGUGUCAACUUCCUGCUCCUGAAGGAGACUGGGUCUGGUGCUCCCAGGAAGCGUUCUUUCAGCCUGGCCUGAAAUCCCAGGAAGACUGCAAGUUCAAGGCCACCUGGACUAAAGCAGAGUGAAUUCCAGACCAGCUUAGGCAACUUACCAAGGCUCUGCCUGAAAAAAAGAGAGUAUUCUGUUGCCAAACUGGCCUGUAUCAAAGUUGAGGUGUUAAGACACCCCUCUCCCCUCCUUGGCAUGGUGGUGGUGUGAGUUUAUUCUUCUCUCUUCUCUUCUCCCUUGCCCUCUCCUUUUCAUUCCCUGUGUCCCCCUUUCUACCAUCUGACAGCCUCAUCCUCCUGUCUCAUCCUCCCAGCGACUCUGAUCAAGCACAAGCCCCACACACAAUGCCGUUAACCCAGCCUCUGGCCUGAUGUCAGUUACUGUCGAAAAUACAAUGCCUAGUGUGACCAACCACAGUCUUCCUUAAGAAGUCCUCCCCCCCCCCCACCCAUCAGUCAGUCCACCCGACAGUCCCGUCUUCUCUACUCUCCGUAAUCCUGUCCACUGCUUCCUACCAAAUGUACCCCCAGAUAGGACUUUUCUUUUAGAAACGAGGUUCCCUAAGGGGCAAGGAGAAUUGCAGCGCCCCCUAGUUCAGACUGAGCCCCACGCAGGUCCUGGGUUCUAUCCCCAGCUUAACAAACAGGAGCUACACAUGGCAGUGCACACUUGUAAUCCCAGCCCCAGGCAAGGGAAAGGCAGAAGGAUCAAGAAUUCAAGGUCCUCCUCAAUGCCACAGCUAGUUCAAAACCAGAUUGGGAUAUAUGAGACCUUGCCUUAAAAACAGCAAUAACAAAUGCUGGCCAUUAUUGCCAUCUAAAGAUAAAUUCCUUAUCUUGACUUCCCAAGCCAGCCCUUCCUUUGAAUUUCCUUGAUGUUCUUCUGGUCACCUGAGAUACAAGCAAAGGCCCUCUUGAUUCUCCAGUCUCUGUGAGUCUCCACAAGAGCCACAAGAACAUUCUGGAGGACAGUAGGAUCUGUCAGACAAAUCCUAGCUCCAGUGUGUGUGUGUGUGUGUGUGUGUGUGUGUGUGUGUGUGUGUGUGCUGGCUGGGUGAUCUGAAACAAGACGUUGGGAUUCUCUGAGUCCUGUUUUCCUCCUCUUAAAAAUAUCAGUAAUGGAUCUGUCUUAGAGGGCUGUUUGGAGACAUAAUAAAACAACUAAAGCCUAAGAAAAAAUAAA